AAAUGAGUACGUUUGUUUCUUUCUGGACUAGUUUGGAAGCCUCAUAGUUCACAUACAACGCUAGGUUGUGCUAUGAAUAUUGAAAAAUUAUAAUGAAACUUUCAAAGUCUCUUACUUGUCCAUUGGACUUCGUCUAAAGAGAACAUGAUUUCUUACAGACCAGCACGAUGUAUUAAAUAAAGUUUCGUUUUAUUGCUUUUUUGCAAAUCGACUGUUGACUGCAGAUAAAUUCAGCUUCUUUACCUUGCAAAAUUUCAAUAGGUCGAAAGCGUUCUACAAGUUGCAAUUGUGUCAUUAUUUUGGCCUAGACCGUACGGUCUUAACUUUUGAUACAUUUAAUCGCGUUUUUCUGCAUGAAGCUGAAAAUAAGUGAUCAAUAAGGUCUUCAUCCAAAAUCUCAUGUGUUAUCUAGCACAACUGUGAGCCGAAGUGUUCGAACAAAAUAUCGAAAAUCCACAAAGUUUACCGGUGAUUGUGGGCAGGUUUUCGAAUGUCAUAAUCUGCGUGUUCGUUGUUCACAGUGAUAUUUUGCAUUACGGGACACUGAAUUUAGAUGAUAUUCUAAAUACCAGCCCUGUUUGCAUAGUGACUUGAAUGUGCCUCUGUAGUUUACUAAAUCUUCUGAACAAAUGAUUUUUCUAGCUUUCGAAAGCAUUCAUGAGUUUCGACAAUGUACUCUCGGUCUUUUCAAAGUGGCAUGUUUUAAUGACUCGAGAAAAUUCACUGCACUCACAAUUAUAUGCCAAUGGCUUGACAAUUUUGUUCGCAGUGGUGGCUUACUGUUUAAAGUAAGUACAAACUCGUAUCUGUCUACUUUGUUUUAGGGAGGUGGGUAGUUCUACUAACUUACAGUUCGUAUUCGGCAAAUGACUUUAUUAUGUGAAACGAAACACAGUAUAUACCUAGCUCUUAGCAUAGGGUUUUUUUGUGGAGAUUGCCAUCUUUUAACCGUUUUCAUCACGAUCUAAUCUCAGUUAAACUACUAUCGAAAGCUAAAAAUUAAUGGAAAGCCAUCUUUCCCUAGUCCGGGACUCCUUAAUAGCGCGGAUUCACAACUCCAUAUGCGAUCAAACCAAGGAUCUUCGGUCUAACUAGUGGAGUUCAACAAAAUCUGGUGUAAAACAAUUGUCCACCUCAGACAAUGGAAGAUAAUCACGCAAUUCCGCGAAUGCAUUAAGGCUAGACAGCAUUGAAUAGCGUCCCAGUAAUCUGUAGGGCCUGGCACGUGUGACCGAAGGUUCUUGUUUCAGUCUCUAAUGGGGUUGUGGAUACUCACUGCCUAGAAGUUACAUAUUAGGACGAAACACCUAUCCGGUGCUUCCUGGAUUUUAAUAGUUGUUUUACUAAGAUCAGUACGUGAUUUAAAGUAUUUUAAUAUCUUGUCAGUGACAUACGUUUUCAUCGGAAAACAAAAGCGCGUCGUUUUUCAAUAUCAUAAUAAUGCCUGAGUUUUCUAAUUUCACCCUCUGGAAUGACAGUCACAAAUCGAAUCUUUUGUAAACCGUUCUAUCUUAAUCAAAAUACGUGCUGCAACUCAAUUUUUAUAUAUGUUUUAUGUUUCUAUCAGUUAACGUCAGAUGGGUGUCGUAGACAACAUUAGGAGAUCUAUAGUUGUUUUUGACUAACGUGUUUUCAACCGACGUAUUACAUUGUCUUUGAUUUCAACUCUAAUGUUGGUUAUAUGAACCUAAUAAUGUCAACUGAUUAGUACCAAAGAGACAGCGGUUUGUCUGUAAGCACAUCAACACACAUAUAUAAGACUAGGAUGUUAAUUUUGGAUGACAAUAUUUCUUGAUUACGGGCAUGAAUUCUGAAAUUAAACUGGUUAUUAAACAACUAUCUAAAACAGUGUUUCAUUACAUGUUUGAGUACUGUUGGUAGUCAGGUCAGGUAAUAUCACUCAGAUUAUUAUCUCCUGAUGAAUCAUAAAAGACCAGUAGGAAUCGACUCUGUUCUCCAAAAAACUUUUGGUUUCAUACUUGCUCUGUUCUUUAGUUCAGGUCAUUUUGUAUUUCGUGCUGGUUUCUUUGGGUUAAGAACGCUGCCGUACAUGCAAAGCAUCUACUUGUCAUGAGGUUUCGUUCUUGCGUGGCUUAUUUAUCAAUUAUAUUGUGUUCUGGAUGAAUUAAUAGAUACUAAUUAAAUAACUGAAAUAUUCUUCAUGCUUUUAUUUCUCGGUUAAUUAGUUUAAUAUUGCUUUUCCACAUAAAAAUGCCUAAUUUCAGAUGAACAUUGGAACCUUUUUAACACAAGUCCAGGUUCGCCUACACAACCAAUUUCUAAACGACAGUACCGGCUUGCACACCAGACGUUGUGUAUUACCCACAUUGACUUCGAGCAACGUUUGAUCGUAGGUUUUACUCAGUUAGUGAUAUGGCCUAUCACACCAACCUUGAGACGUAUUCACAUAAAUUGCCGUCAGUGUCGUAUUCAUCGCAUUUUAUUAGAAGCAGCUGAUAAUGAGUCUGCAGAGUUCGAAAGUGAUCGAAAAGGGCGGAGCUCGAAUUGGGGUAUUUCGAAAACCAAAUUAAUCCCAUCGCCAACUGAUCUCCCUAUCCUAUAUACUGAUCCCACCUUAGAAAUUUGUGAACGUGAUAUUAAAUUAAGAACUUUGGACAGCUUUGAACGCCGAUAUACCUCCGUUGUAAUGUCAACCGAUCCGGAUGAAGACGCAGGUGAAGUAACAGUUCGAUUGCCUUCAGAUUUCUGGCCGUUAAUUUCUCAAAAAUCUCCUUUUAUUUUAACCAUGGAAUUUUCUCUUAAUAAACCCAAGUCUGGAUUUUAUUUCGUUGUUCCUGAUGGAGAAGGAUCGUUAAGUGAACGCGGAGUACAUGCAUUUACAGCUUUUACACCAAACUGUUCUCGUUUAUGGUUUCCUUGUAUUGAUUGCUCGGAACCAUGUACCUGGAAAAUUGAAGUGACAGUGUUCGAAGAUUUAGUUGCUGUUGCCCCUGGAGAGUUAAUAGAUGCUCCUUACUACACUGAAGAUUUAACACACAAGACCUACCACUUUUAUGUCUCCCAACCAGUAUCAGCCCCUUGUAUUGGACUGGCUGUUGGGGCUUUUGAGAUUUUUCCCGACCCACGGCUCUCCAACGGAGCAACACACUUCUGUCCGAAUGGACUAUUAAACCUUUUACAAUACACAAUAUCUCCUCUCUCCGAAAUGAUCGAAUAUUACGAGUCUAUAUUGGCGUCACAGUAUCCGUUUUCCACGAUAAAAUGUGUAUUUGUAGAUUGUGCUUUUUCGAAGUGUCAGUCAUUCGCUUCUUUGAUUAUUCUCUCUCUUGAUCUACUGCACUCACCAAGAGUUAUUGACCAAGCGAUCGAAACACGUAAAAUGUUAUCAUUAGCUGUGGCCCAUCAGUUCUUCGGGUGUUUUCUUAUCAUGGAGACGUGGUGUGAUGCUUGGCUUACAUACGGUCUAGCAGGAUACCUAUCUGGUCUGUACCAAAAACGCGUCUUUGGUAACAACGAGUAUCGUAAAAUUGUUCUUGAUGAAAUGCACUUCGUAACAGAGUUCGAGAAUAUGAGAUAUGGGAUUGUACUUGAUCCAUCAAAAUUGACUUCAAAGUUAACCUAUUUUGAUUUGAGCUCAUCCCAUCUGAUAUCACCGGAUUAUUUAUCAGCCUAUAAGAAAAAAUCUCACUUAGUUAUUCGUAUGCUGGAAUUGCGAUUGGGACAACCCGUAUUGCUUCAAGUUCUUAACAAGCUGCUUGUACUUGCUCGACUUUCGACUAAAUCAAUCCUCUCUUCUACAGAUCGAAAUCAGAGUCUGUCGGUCGGAUUAGAUGGAUGUGGGAGAAACGAAGGUGAUUCUGUUUCGGUAACUUCAAAUACUCAACCUCAACAAAAUCCUACAGUUCCUCCUUGUAUGUCAGAUGAACAUAGAGCCAAUAUUCUACUAUCUACAGCUUCAUUUCGGAGGAUUAUUUCUAUGGUUACAGGUCAGGAUAUCCGAAAUUUCUUAAAUCAGUGGGCUUGUCAUGCUGGUCAUGUCAGGAUAUUUGCUAAGUUUCAUUUCAACCGUAAGCGGAAUGUUGUAGAAUUAGAAUUGAAACAGGAUCUACAAUCCAGAGGGACUCUGAAUUAUACUGGACCAAUUACAGUUAUGCUCCAAGAAUUGGAUGGAGCGUUUAUUCAUACUUUCAAAUUAGAAGAAGGCCGUAUGUCUCGUGAUUUACCAUGUCAUUCCAAAAGUCGAAAACAUCGUAAAAAGAAAAUUUCGUUAGCCAAUGGCGAUGAAGUUGAUAUGGAUUUAGCUCGUAUUGAUCCAGAAUCACCUUUACUCUGGCUUCGAAUAGAUCCAGACUUAGCUAUUAUACAUGAUAUUCACGUUGAUCAACCAGACUUUAUGUGGCAUCUUAUGUUGGCUCAUGAUAGGGAUUGUCUCGGUCAACUGGAAGCAGUAAAUGCUCUCAAAGAUUUUGCUUCUCCUGAAACGCGUCAUGUUUUAAGUAAUAUUAUUUUAAAUGACAGAAUUUUUUAUCAUGUUAGAAUGGAAGCAUGCUUUACAUUGUGUCAUGUUGUGAACGAACUGAGUACUCUCAGUAACAACCCUACAGCAGCUUCGGCUACAGUAACUUCUUGUUUGUUGCCAAUGUUUUGGCAGUUGUUUAGUUCACCAGCAGCUCGUGGUUUAAUUCGUCAGAAUAAUUUCUCUAAUUUACAACUUUAUUUUCUUCAGAGAGCUAUGGUCAAAGCUUUGUCAACUUUGCGUGUGCAACAAGUCUGCCCUCAUGAUAUACUGAUUUUCAUUAGUGAUUUAUUAAGACAUAAUGAUAACUCGCGUAAUCCAUAUUCUGAUAGUUAUUACCUUGCCGACCUUGUAAAGGCAAUGAAAGAUACUCUGACACCUGCAAUUAUUGUUCGUGGGGUAAUGUCUGCCUCGACACUACCUUUUGAAGCCCGUACUGUUAUCGAAGAAGUUUCUCACUUGUUAAACUUGGAAACAGAAACAAUUAGUUAUAAAGGUACUGUAACCGUUGUCUGUUUAGCAGCUAUAAGACGGCUACAACGACUUGGAUUUUUACCCAUAGAUCCAAGUUUGUUUUACCAAUAUGCUUUGUCAAACUUUUAUUGUGAUAUCAGAGUAGCAGCAAUCGAAGCUGUUGUGGAUUAUAUCAGAGGUGAGAGAGAUCAGUCAGCAUUAGACUGGCUUUUUAGCAACAUUAUAGAACGAGAAGAUGCCAGUGACGCUUCAUAUGUUCGCCUACGCUUUGAAGCUGUGCAGUUAUUACUACGCAUGCCACCAUUUCAACGUGGUGAGUCGGGUAGUCGAUUAGAUACUCCUCAAUUAGUUGAAAGACUUUGGACACUGAUGAAUUAUGGAUGCACCGGUGAUCCACGACUUAGAUGUGCAGUCGCUGAACUCUACUACACACUUUAUGGUAAUCGUCGCCCAACUUGUCUUCCUCUUCCAGAAGGUGUGCUUUUAGUGAGAGUCAAGGAAGGGAGAUCUGUACUUAAUAUAUCUGAAAACAAUUCUAAAGCUAGUGAAAUAGACUAUACUGAUGAACUGAACAAAUAUAAAUCUGAAUGCUUCGGUAGAGGAAUUCCUCUUUCGAAAAUGCAUCCAGAAUACGAAGAAUUAGAAGAUAACUACUCGGAGUGUGAGAUGUUGCACGCAAAUACUAUGAAGUUAGAAAGAGAUUCAAUCCAACGCCCCACAGUGUCAGAAUUCAAUCCUCAAUUUGAUCUAAAGCGAAGCAGAACUGGAAAUUUCUCAGAAUUGAAUGAUUCGUCGAACACUUUCAAAAGGCGAACUGAACGUCUAAGUGAUGAUGAAGAUGAUUAAGAAUAUUGAAUACUGAACUGGAGAUCUUCGUUUCGUACCUGUUUACUGUUUUUCAUGUGGAUGUAACUAAUCAUUCAUUAGUCUGUAAAUAUCUGUACAUAUACAUUGAACUUUUUAUUUUUAAUAGUGAAAUGAAGCUUAUUCGUUUU